UGAAUUAUGUAAUUAUAAACGAAAAAUAAAUAAUUUUGUAGCAUCACGCCGUGAUUUUCGGCUUGCUACGGUGGCAACAAGAAAAAAAAGGAAAAGAAAAAAAUUGCAUUUUUGGGUGUAAACAAAUUUAAUUUAAAAUGAAUAAUACAGUCGUCGAAGAUUAAACAAGAAAAAAGGCUGCCGGCAGUAAGUUUUAGACCACCACAUCACAACAGAUCUGAAACCCUUCGACCCCGCCAUGGCCUCGUGGCCUUCAUCGUCCGAUCCCUCUAAUCAGCAGGCUGCUAUAAGAAAGAGAAGCCCGGGGUCCCAAUUUAAGUUCUUGGUUCCUCUUAUAUAUGCCCCUGUUCUUCCGCUCAUUCGACUGUCGCUGCGUAAGAACCCAGUUGUACGGGACCGUUUGUUUACUGCUGUGUUGGUGGGAGCAUUUGCUCAUGGCUUUUAUUUGGUAAUCUAUACUAUAAUGAUGGAGCAGAAGGGGAUGGUAAAGCACAUUUCUUUCUUUGCAUGAGAUGAAGUCCUUGUAUAAAAAAGCAUGCAAAAUGUGCCCGUCUGCUCUUCUCUCAUUGUACCACCAGUGUAUGUUCUGGUGGUAGACCACAUGUGAGAGGAGCAAGGGCAGGGGAAUUGGUUUUCGAGAAAUAUUUUCACUUUCUAGUUAGAAUUUGUAUGAAUAAUGUGAUAAUGGAUUGGAGAUGUCAGUUGUUGAAAUAGAUUACCUUCAACCUCAGUUGAAUACAUAACAGUAUGACUCAUUCUGUCUUGUGUGCUUGUGAGACGAAGUUAUGCAACUGCAUCCUGAUGUGGUUCCUUUUGAGAAUUGGAAUUCCAGAAUCAGAUUUAUGUUCCUGUAAUUGGUACUCAAUAAUUUUCUAGUUUUAUGAUCUCUUCAAAA